UACACCUCUGUUGGAUAAAUCGAUAUAGAGUCUAUAUUAUAGACUUAGAGUCUAGAUCUAGACUACGUCCUAGAAUCUAUUUUCUCUAGAUCAGUGUCUUUGAAAUUCAUUUCACUGUGGAAAUUAAAUAUUCUAGAUCUAGUCUAGAUGAUCUAGAGUCUAGACCUAGAUCGAAAUCUAGACCUGAGUGAUAUAACCAGCGUCAGCUGUUUUAGUUAGCUUACUUAGAGUCUAUAUACUAUAACUUAUAACAAUAAUAGAUCUAUUCUGUCUUUUCACGUGAAUGAUGGCUUUCCGUUUUAUCAAAGUUGACGGAGUCUAAACACAAUUCUAUUGAGUUAUUGGUAGAGAUCUAGAUUAAGAUCGGCCGUGCCUUUUCUAUUUUUUUAAGUCAUAAGAGCGUGACAUUAAUUAUUGGUUAUUUUUAGGGCGUUAAAUACAGCUAAGUAUCAAACACAUCUUUGAAUUUUUGUUUCUUCUUUUGGAAUAAUUGCUCCAGUGGUCAUCGGACGUUUCAUGUUUCGUGUGUCCAUCUCACCCCCGGACAUUUGAAAACAUGCCUCCACACACACCGGUCAUGGAUCAUAGCACGAAUCUGUUGCCAGAGUCGGAGACGAACAGUCUGAGGUGCCCCAACGGCUCCCCCGUCAACCAGCCCAGCAGGAAGGUCAAGUGUGUUCUGGUCGGGGAUGGGGCCGUGGGCAAGACCAGCCUCAUCGUCAGCUACACGACCAAUGGAUACCCCACGGAAUACAUGCCCACGGCGUUUGACGAUUACUCUGUUGUGGUGACAGUGGAUAGCAGGCCCGUACAGCUACAGCUUUGUGACACGGCUGGGCAGGAUGACUUCGACACCAUUCGUCCCCUCUGUUACCCCCACACGGACAUUUUCUUGCUGUGCUUCAGCGUCGUCUCCCCUACCUCCUUCAACAACGUCGUUGAGAAGUGGGUGCCCGAGAUCCGCAAGCACGCCAGGGACAUACCCAUCAUGCUGGUGGGCACCCAGUGCGACCUACGCAACGACGUCAAGAUCCUGAUCGAGCUGGCCGGCUACAAGGAGAAGCCAGUGUCCGAAAGUGACGCGGCCAAGCUGGCUGAAGACAUCGGGGCUGUGGGCUACAUGGAGUGCUCGGCGCUGACCCAGAAGAACCUGAAAGACGUUUUCGACCAGGCUAUUCUGGCGGCGCUUAACAUCACAGACCUCGGCCGCUCCAAAGAAAUUCGUAAGUCUAGGAAAAAGUUGUCCAUUCAAGACAGACACAGCUCCAGCUUGAAGAAGGCUGGUUGGAAGAGGUUCUGUUGCUUCUUGUGACGGAACUCUCUUCCGAACUAGCCAUGAACAUUUCGGAAGCAGAGUUGACUUUGACUUUAAUUUAUCAUCCAACUGGACUGUAUCUGGACUGCAGAUUCGUCACACUGGUCAUGGAGCAAUACUGAAGUGAUUUCUAUUUUUGUUUUCUGUGUUUUUUUACAUUCUACUUUUUCAACACCCGGGGCUGGAACUCUAAGCCUUCUUGGUUUGUAAAUAAUGUACUUGAAAAUUAACAGACUGACUUAAGAAAGCUUCAAAAUAUUUGUGGGAAUUUGAAGUCACUUUCUCUGGCAAGUAUUGAACAAGAGCCAACACUGGGAUUUCAGUAAGGCGCCUUAAGUACUGAUUAAUUUAAUGCCUAUAUACAUACUGGAUUAUUUGUGUGCUAGUUUUAAUAUUAAUUUUUCAAGUUCGCAUUUUAAAAAUUAUUGUUCGUUUAUCAGCUUAGCCUAAGCGUAUAGUUAAAUAAAAGAGUGUAUCUCUCUAGAUUUGGAUGCCACUGGGAAACCAUGGCUUCUUGAUGUCUGUAUGCGUGUUAAUUAAAUUUUCAAGCAUUUUUUAGUUCAUUAGAACUGAGUAGCAAGUACUGAAAGGUCAAUGUUCCAUUCUCUCGCUGAUGCAAAAGAGCUUCUUGUUUCUUAAUAAGGGAGAAAUGAUUUAUGGGGGUUGGAGCUGUCAGUUUAUGAUUUAAUUAUUCUAGCAUUCUGAUGGAUGGGCUUGUAUAUAGAUUGGAGAUAUAGUGUAUGUCUAAAGUUAACGGUUGAUAAGUUUGAUUUUUUUAUGUAAUUUAAAGAAAAAAAUCAAAAUCUCUAAUUAACAUAAAUAUUGCAUUUCGAGCUGUUAAAUUUUUGUUAAUUAUUUAAAUUGUUUAGUAAUUGUUUCUCUGCCAAUACACUCAAACAAAUGUGAAAUAUUGUAAAAUAUUUUCAAGAUAAUUCACUGAAAUGUUAUGCAGAAAACCUUAAUCUAUGAGUACCUCCUCUCUGAUUACCUCCCCUGUGAUAUUUUGUAGGUGGGCUGUGCCGUUCUUGUUUUGUGGUUCUUUAAAGGAUAUUUUUUUUGUCUUCCCCCCCCCCCUUUUUAAAACAAAUGUUUAGAGUUAUAGACAUGUUUUUUGUAAAAGCUCGAGACAGGGGGGCGUGGCGGGUCAUUCAGUAGACCAGCUUCUUUCAAAUGAAUGGAGGCCUGCCAAUGGAGCUUGUAGAUCCAGUGACACAAACAAAAACAUGCGUCUCUUACUGAAGUUCUCCCUACCAGUGGCUUGUACGUCUGCCAACAGUCACUCCAUUGAAGAGUAAGCCCUCCUCCCCCCCCCUCCUUUUCCCUGUACGCCUCCCCACAGUGUAAGUUGGUGAAUUACACAAUGAAGAUCAAUGAGUACACAAGACUUUUAUUUAUUUAAAUUCGGUCAGGCUUGCAUUUUUAAAAAAUCGUUAACGUUACCUCCCCUUUUUUUUAAUGUUCUAUUUAUAGACAGCAGAUCCGGAGUAAAACAUCUCUUUAUGCUACUUGCUAGUCGGCUUUUAAAAUUGUAUUGUUUGACCAAUUGUACACACUACACAGGUUAAGUCAUCGUACACAAGAAUCUUAUAAGAUAGGAUAAGAAUCGCAUUCUUAGUUCCUACACAUGUGUUUGCAUUAUAAAUCCUCUUCUUGUUUUCUGUAUAUAGUUUUUUUUUAUAACAUAAAUUAAGAAUGGCAAUGUUGGGAUAUGCAUGGCCUCCCCCACCCUUUUUUUUUAAUUAAAGGUUUUUGUUUCAAAUAAUGUGAAAUAUAAUCAAUAGUAGCGGUAUUAUUAAAGACAUUCUUUGCCUGCCAUUGAAGAAAAUACUAGAUAUCAUUUUUGAAAUUCAUUUUUCACAAAUUUAAAAAUAUAAAAAAAAAAUGUUAAUGACAUCCUGAAACAUUGAUUUUUAAAAAGGUGUAGAAGAAGUGUGUUUCCUGUAAUAAAGGAUCACCUUUUUAAGCACCCCCACAAUCUCCCCCCCCCCCCCCCACCCCCACCAUCAGCCUUCUCCAGAUCUAGUUUUGUUUAAAAGUUACGUCUGCUUGAUUUCCUUCUGUGAUAACUCAGACAUCUCGAGAUGAGGGACUAGUGAUUGAUGGGAAGACUUCAAUGUGAUAGCUGCAGUUUCCUCCUCUCUUUUUUUUUUUUGACCUCACUUACCUUCCCUUUUCCUCCACACACACAUCAGUAACACAUUACUUUAACAUCAUUGUCAAUUUUUAUAUUAGAAUUGUUAAUAAAAUAAUAUAUGUGAUGUAGACAAGUGAUUAAAAAAAUAUGUUGUAUAGGUCAGUGAUGAAGUAAUAUGUUAUGUAGGUAAGUGAUCAAAUAAUGUUAUUUAGGCAAGUGAUAUUGAUGAAUGGGACCAAUCAAGUGCUUCCUUUUCUAAUGUGUGUACAUAUUUGAACUGUGCCUUUGACCUUUCUUGAUGUUAUAUGUUUUGUUUGUAAUCACAGAGCAUUUUGUGUCAGAUCUUAUAUAAUUGGUGUCAGAACUGAGAACACCAUAUCAUGUCUGAUCAGCUAGUGAUUUAAUUACAUUAUAAACACACCUAUGUCCUGUCAUCUUAUACGUAAAGCAAAUAAAAAUGUGUAUGUGUGUGCAUGUAGAAAUAGAUAUCACAACUUUUGGCCAAUCUUAAUGAACUUGGCAUGAGUAAUCCCCAGUAUUCCCAAGAUUGUUGCAGAGGUCUUAGGAGGUGUUUGAACCUUCUCCUUUUGACAUAACCAUUAAGACCCUAGAUUAAACAAGAAAAUAUUUUAGAUAAUUUGUUUAGGUUUUAUUUUAUCUUGUACAAUUAACAAGGGUCAGCGCUGGGUAUUUCUGCUAGUUGAAAAUAUAGGUUAGUGCUGUUUAGAGUUUUCUUAAGUUUUUUUUUGUUUUUUUUUUUGGCUCUUGUAUAAGUCUUUUUUUUUUUAUUUUCUGUUGAAGUAUUUCUCAAUUUAUGUAAAUACAAUACAGAAAAAAAACUCCAAACUGCAAAGUCAUUUCAUGCUGUCACUGACCAAAACAUCCGGCUCUGCAUGACUUUAUUGGACUAAGUUGUUUUGGAGGAGUUUUAUCACCUACCUUCUAAACCUAUGUUUAUGCGCUCUUACAUUUGUGUCGUCUGCUAGACGAGUUGCUCGAACAUUCUCUUUUGGGCUUAUCUCAAGAAUGUAAAACAUUUUUUUCGGAAAGCAAAUAUGUCAGGCCAUUAAAUGACACCGCAGUCUACAGUAGGCAUAUUGCGCUGCUUGUAGCUGAAUUCUACUUGAGUUUUUUUUGUUGUUCACAUAUUGGAUUGCAUAAACAUAGAUCUAGGUUUAUUGGGUUUUUUUUUAAUAGUUUUUUUUUUAUAAUGUCUCUUCAUCGCUUCAUACAAUAGACUUAAAGAUGAGUCAUUUAAACCCAUCAUUUUGACAUGUUUGUGUAUAUACACCAAUGGAUAACUUAGUUACCUGGGACUCUUAGGUUGUAAGUAAACACCCUGGAUGGGCGGGGCAGGGUUAUGUUAUCUUGUGUUUUUGGGGCUCAUCAACUAAUUAGGACAAAAUAUUUGCAUGCUUGGAAUUUGAGACAUUCGCAGGGUCACGUGGUAGCCCUAUGAAAAGUGACAUUGUUUAGCAGGCAUACGAUUUAGUAAAUAUGUCAGCGGGCUAAUCCCUUCGCCGAGCCCCCUAGCGAGUGUAAAAAAAAAAUGAGAGUUGACAUUACUUAUUAAGCUCUGUAGACAACGCCUUUGUCUGGUUGGUUUAGAUAGCCGCUCUAGCUUAGCCGUCUUACAUUGUCGUAUCCAUUGAAUUCAAGUAACGGUGGCAUACAAAACGAUAGCAGGGGCGUAUUACGUAUGCUGAGGAACACCCCAGUGUCGUUAUAUAAUACUGUAUAAAAAUGUACUCUAGUUGACUGUAAUCACCCCCCCCCCCCCCCCGAUCCCUCGCUAAAGGUACGCCGCUUCUUUUAAAGGUGAUUGGGUGCCUCGUCUAUUUUGGGGGGGGGGCACUUACAAGACAGUGUAUAUCUCGGUGUAAUAAAUUGUUGGAUAAGGGGCGUACGUUACAAUGCUAAUAUGACACCACCCUCUGUAAUCGCCCGAGCUCUUUUCCAAAGCCCGCGGGGGGCGCUGGGACAUAAUGAACUCAGGGAUUAGUGCAGAAACCGAUAACAUAGGGUGCCGUUCGGGGCGUGACACAUGGUAGGCCGGGGCGGGAGAAUCGGUAACAGUGAAAGUCUGUAGAUAUCAAAGAGUAGGACAGUAGUCUGUAGGACUAUAGUGCUGCGAAAGGUCACUUCCUGCUUGUAGUACCAACUUAAUAGCCCUUGCAUAUUUUUUUUAUACUAUUUUAUUUUUCAUUAUUAAAACCAUCUUAAUGCGUAUCAUUGUUUGCAGAGUCGUAUCACUAUUUGCAGAGUCGAUUUGUUUUUUGUUGUUUUUUAGUUACAGGGGAGGUAACUAUAUCGAGAACACAAUGCUGUGGAAACUGUGUCGAUAGAAGCAGGCAAUGAAAUAGUAAUCUGAUUUCUGUAUAAUAUUUUUUGUUCAGCUUUGUAAGUUAUUUAUGUUUUUUUCUUCCCUAAGAGCUUUCAUUUGUUUUAUAUGUACAUUUUAUGUUAUAUAGAGAUUGCCACACUAUAAGUGACUGAUGUCUCCAAACUUCAUAAGACAAUGUGUAUUAAUAUAUAAUUGGUAUUGACCUCUUUGAAUAAUAUUUAGCAAAUUGUCAUUAGUCACGUGCCUUAUCGUCGCAGCCAAUCGUGAUGGAUAUGACUCAAUUCAAUUCUCUGUAUUGAACAGUUCACAGUCACCUUUUUUUUAAUACAUAUUUAUGUUAAUUUUGAAAUUUUAGGCGAUUGAAUGAAUCUGACACGUGACUCAAAAGGAACUCUUGCUUAUUUGAUGUAAAUAUUGAUCUCUGACCUUGGUAUUAGUAAGCAUUUUUCAUUCUCUGCUUCUCAAGGUCUUAACUCUUUCUCUCCUAAUCGACAAUACCAUCGUUUAUUUUGAAUUCAUUAAAUUAAAGUUCAAUUUUUUAAACUUGACUUUGAAUUAUAUAAAAAGAACAUGCAUUUCCCUUUAAUUCUAUACCAAAUAAAACAUUUUCUGAUAACACACAACAAAGCUAUUGAAGCCCAAUCAUAACAAGGGUAGUGAAAUAGUCAUGAGCAAAUGAAGAAUUCCUUCAAAACGUGGACAAAUAAUUACGGAGAGAAAGAGUUAAAUCCCAGAUAGGUGGACCUGUUGUGUGCAUCCAUGUGGAACACACGGGCACCACUUGUCCACGUGGUUAUCUUUAGCUUCAGCUUGUUUGUUUCUUUUAGCCGUGUUUGUUUGGAUGGAUGUGUUUGUAUGAGAAGUAUAUUGUAUAGGUUAGUGUCGAAGAUGGUUGGGUUUAUCUGUGUUUUUUUUUUUUAAUGCGAAACUUUUGAUGAUUUGUGUGUGUGGUCCGAUCGCAGUGAGAACCACUGGAUACUUUGCGGCACCAUUUGUCCAGCCAGUUCAUGUUUUCUGAUGGUCACCCGAGGGCGUUGACUGACCCACCUUCUGUGUCCAGUCAAUGUGUGCCUAAUUGUCUUUCUGAUGUAACCUGUACACAUGCCCCCAUAGCGCUUUCAUCUGAAUCUGUUUGUAUUUCAAUCAUCUGUUUUGCUUUCAACCUAGGUCUCGUUACUUUUACCCAAAGUCAGUCUUGUGUUAGACACAUGCACAUUUAAAAGUCUCAAUUCAUUCGAUGUUCACGUUUUUGUUCCUGCUGAGUCUACUCUAAAAAUCAUAUGGGCAGUAUGCAUAUUAAAUGAAAUAAAGUAAAGCAAAAAAAAAAAAAAAACACAGAAAUCUCAAGAAACUCAGCUGAAAAAAAAACAACUUAAAAUGAAGUGUUAAAACAGUGACGUACUGUGCAGACGACACGAUUGCGUCAUUGCAGUAUUCCACUUUGGCCAGAAUUUUUCUUGGGGUAGAGCUAAACUAAUUAAAUCAUACAUUUUUUAAAAAAAUGUGUGCUGUUAUAAAAUUGUAUCUCAAAAUGAAAUAACAAUUUGUGCCAGUUUGUCUACACACAGUUUAACUGCUUUUAGUUUUGCCUGUUAUCUUGUAUAUCUGUGUAAGAAAUCUGGUCAAUAAGUUAGAUCUAGAAGAUUAUGUAGGCCUUCUUGGUAUCAAAUUACAAGGUUGAUUCAGAUGUUGAUUUGUUAUUUUUAUUCUUCUUAUUAUUCUUAUUAAAUAUGAUUAAAUAUUGAAUAACACAGUGUUUUAUAAAUGAUUUGAAAUCAAAUGUUUUAUAAUGAAUUGAGAAAUAAAUUUUUUGUAUCUUUUGAAUCUUUAAA